AUGGUCAGCCACAAGAACCAACCGUAUCACCUACAGCAAGACGACGAUCACGACUCGGUGGUCUUACCAGCUGCAGAGGAUGAUCCUACCAUUCCGAAAGAUGAAAGCAAGAAAGAUAGGAAAGAGAGAGAAAAGAUGGAAGAGAAAGCAGGAGUGAAAAGGGUUAAAGUCGGGAAGAUAGACGUCGAUCCACAAAUAGAUUUCACACAUUUUACUUCUGAUGGACCUGGACUCGAUUCGAAAGCCAUUUUAGAUGAGAUGGGAAUGAUCAAUAUUUCGGUGAAUUUGAAGAAACCAUUACCUGAUUUACCUAAAGAUUAUGCAAGGCCAGUGAAGGAAUAUGCUAUUGAUACGAGAAAGGGUGUCAAAUGUCCCCCACUCAAUAUAGUGAUUUUCAUUGUCGGUUCAAGAGGUGACGUACAGCCAUAUCUUUCUUUGGCAUUGAAAAUGGUAGCGACUCAUUCGCACCGAAUCAGAAUUGCUACACACCCGGAUUUCAAAGACUUUGUCUUAACAGCAAAUGAUCGUUUGAAAGGCAAGAAAGGACCAAAUGGAGAAAACUUAGAAGGCAAGAUAGAAUUUUUCGAUGUUGGUGGUGAUCCAAAAGAACUGAUGGCAUACAUGGUCAAAAAUCCGGGUCUUAUGCCUGGAAUGGCAUCUUUGACAAACGGUGACAUCCCGUCAAAGCGAGUAAUGACAGCCACUAUGCUUGAGGGUUUCCACAAAUCCACUUAUACACCAGAUUCAGUGACUGGCAAACCUUUUGCCGCUGAUGCUAUCAUGAGUAAUCCACCUGCAUUUGGGCAUGUACAUAUUGCGGAAGCUUUGGGUUUACCUCUUCAUAUGACUUUCACUAUGCCUUGGUCUCCAACCACUGCUUUCAAUCAUCCUCUUGUGAACGUGCAGCAGACAAAUGCAGAGAAAGGAUUGACGAAUUAUCUGAGUUUUGCUCUUGCUGAAAUGCUUCAGUGGCAAGGAUUGGGCGACGUGAUCAACUCUUUCAGAAGUAAUACUCUCUUCUUGGAACCACUAUCAAUGGGUUCCGGACCAUCGAUAGUAGACAGAUUGAAGAUCCCUUGGACCUAUUGCUGGAGUGAAGGUCUGAUUGAGAAGCCCAAGGACUGGAAAGAGCAUAUCGAUAUCUCGGGAUUCUACUUCAUGGAGGGAGAUACAGAUUUCGCACCUGACAAAGAGUUGAAAGAAUUUUUGGAAGCAGGUGAACCGCCAGUGUAUAUAGGCUUUGGAUCAGUGGUUGUUGAGGAUGCAGGAGCUAUGACUAAAACGAUCUUCGAAGCUGUCAAGACUGCUAAAGUACGAGCACUUGUAAGUGCAGGAUGGGGAGGGUUAGGCGGAAGUGAUAUUCCUGAGAAUGUAUUCAUACUCAAAGGUAAUAUCCCUCACGAUUGGUUGUUCGCCGAAGGCCGAGUGACAGCUGUAUGUCACCAUGGAGGUGCUGGUACAACCGCUAUUGGUCUUCGAAAUGGUCUUCCCACCAUUGUGGUGCCUUUCUUUGGUGAUCAAGCGUUCUGGGGAAACAUGAUACACAAAGCAGGCGCGGGACCACCACCCAUACCCCAAAAAACUCUGAGCGUUGAGAAUCUGGCCAAAGCGAUCGAAUUUGCGACAUCGCCGCACGCUAAAGCUGCUGCCAAGGGAAUGGCGGAUAAGAUUCGAUCUGAGUCUGGUGAGACGAAAGGCGCAGAAUCAUUCCAUAAGCAUUUGCCAUUACUCAACAUGAGAUGCGAUGUCGAUCCUAACCAAAUUGCUCUAUGGUGGUCUGAUACGUUGUGUCUGCGAUUGAGUGGUUCGGUCGCUGCAAUGAUGGUAGAUCAAGGGAAAUUAGAUUGGAAAGAUUUGGAAAUCCACAGAUCGAAGGAAUACGAUUCGAAACGAAAGGUUUCUGAUCCCAUUAGCGGAGGUGCAACCGCUAUCUUUGGAACUAUAACAGGAUAUUACGCCGGUAUUGCCCAGAUCUUCUAUAAUCCUCCAAAAGGGAUUAUUAACACUACUACUGCUAUACCAAGAGGCAUGAUGAAAAUCAUUGAUAAUAUAUAUGAAGGAAUGGAUAACAUACCUCGAAUGAUCGGAUCGGAAUCAAGGGAAGUCGGAAAGGUGGACGAUUUCCAGUCUGGAGUGACAGAGGGCGCAAAAGGUGUCUUCUAUGGUUACUGGGAUGGCAUAACUGGAUUAGUUAAAGAACCCGUUGAAGGUGCGAAGAAAGAGGGAUUUGUGGGUGCUAUCAAAGGUAUGGGUAGAAGUUAUGUCAAUGCUACUGUCCGUCCAGCAAUAGGUAUCAUGGGAGCUAUUUCCCUACCAUUGAGAGGAGCUACGAAAGCAUUCAGGAAUAAAUUUUCGGCGCCUCAAGAAAUCGUACUUUUCCAGCCUCGGAAAUUGUCAUCCAUUGAAUUAUCAGAAUCCCUAUCAAAGGAAAAGAAAGAGAAGCUGUCGAAGAAAUUCGACGAAUUGAGUAGCAAAGAUAUGGUGAAAGAGAGAAAAGAGAGUCUGAAGAAAAGGGCAAAGAGGGUCAUGGAAGGUGACGUUUCGGCUUUAGAUGAAAAUGAGGAUGGAACGAACGAUGAGAAGGAAGACGUAGAUUUAGAUGAAAAGGGAAAAGUUGAUGUUAACGAUGAAGAACAGUCAACAGUAGGAGGACAAGUGGAAGUACACGCGGAUCUCAAAGAGAAGGAGCAAGAGCUGGAAGAGAAAAAAGAUAAUUUGGGAGAAGGGAAGUUGUCAGAGGUGGAAGAAGCUGAAAAGAGAGGUUACGAAAGAGCCUUGAAAGAGCUGAAACUGAGAGAGAAAGAAGGGAAAUAA